CAGCUCACCUGGACAUAUUCUGGCUGUUCUUAUUCACUUACAGGGAGAUCAAUGUGAGUUCCCUAUUGCACAGCCACUAUGUCAACUAGUGUUAAAGAGAAUGCCUUCUAGCCCAUGAAAGCAACAGAUAUUUUUGGUGAAAUUCCACAAAAGGGCAUUUCGUGCAGUCAUUAUCAACUGAAAUCUGUACAACGGAAACGAGUAUGCUCCAUUAGAGUGAGCCCAUUAUGCGCCUCUAAUAAUGUUACGUAUCCGAAUUCCUGUGUAUACUGCUUCGCUAACAUGCCAAUUGAGAAAUUCAUUCUGCUUCUCAUGCAGAGGGACCCCAAUGGUGCACGAAUUUGUGAACCAGGCCUCUAAGCUUUGGACUUCACUCUUCGAAUUCAAUACAAUGGAAAAUGCCGAAAACCCUUGGUUCCGCUCUGAUUUUUCUUCGUUUGUCAUGAGUGAACCCAUUUGAUUUGAGCUUUGUCUUUCCUUCAAAAAGUGGAAUUCAUAUUACCUUAUUUUAAAAAAUCAAUAAAUUUUACCUUAUGGAA